AUUUCUUUUUAUGUCUUUAAAGCUCUGAAUUUGCUGCUGUGGGUCACAACAAACCAAGUUCGUCUGACUGUGAGUCCCAGCAGAUCUCAGUUCUUUGAAGAAGAAUCAGUGACUCUGAUCUGUGAGGAUGAAAACAUCUCUGAUGGAGGAACUGUGAGGAGAAACACAACAAGAGGAACCAGGAAGCGAUGUGGAGAUGGAUGGGGGAGACCAGCUGGUUCCUCCUGCAGCCUGAUCUACCUCCUCCCAUUAGACUCUGGCCUGUACUGGUGUGAGUCCAUGUCUGGAUCCUCCAGCAGCAGCAGCAGCAUCCAGCUCUCUGUCUCUGGUGGAUCAGUGAUCCUGCAGAGUCCUGUCCUCCCUGUGAAGGAGGGAGAUGACGUCACUCUGAGCUGCAGAGCAAAGAAUCAACCCCAAAACCUCCCAGCUACUUUCUAUAAAGAUGGCUCCUUCAUUGGUGAUGGACCAUCAGGUCACAUGACCCUCCUCCAUGUCUCCAGCUCUGAUGAAGGCCUCUAUAAGUGCAGCAUCAGCGGUCAGGGAGAGUCUCCAUCCAGCAGGAUCUCUGUGGAAGGGAGAAUCACCUCCACUCCUCCUUCAUCCUCCACUCCACUGACCAUCACCUCCACUCCUCCUUCCUCCAUCUCUCCUCCUCCUGGUUCAUCUUUUCCCACCUCCACAGUCGUUUCUGCCAUUUUUAUCUCUCUGGUUUUACUUUCAUUAAUUCUUCUGGUUCUUCUGGUGAGACGAUGUUUCUGCAGGAAACCUGAAGAUGAAGGGAAACAUGAAAAUGAAAUCACAUACAGUGAACUGAAAACCUUCAGUAAUCAGCAGCAGCCAAUCAGAAGCAGCAGAG